AAUUUAUUCCAUCAAACGAUCCGAGACCCCGCAAAAGUGUUUUGUCUUGAAAUAGCAAUGGGAGCCCACACCUUCUACAUUACUUUCAAACUGCAAAAUUUGUUGCAUCAUGGUACGCUGAUGCUCUAGAGAUUUGUUCCCACACCAUUAAAUGUUCUAGAACCCACAGCUCCUUUACAAGUAGAAAAAACCAGUCUACUCCGUAGAUAACGCUACUUUCUGCUUCAACUACUUUUAACAUUUUCUUGGGUGUGUGUCUGAAGGCUAGUUAUGGAAGGAGAAGAAGAGCAAAAAUGGGAGCAAGAGGAGGUGGAAGAAGAAGAGGAGAAGUCUACACUGCAGGUAAGGAAAUCAAGAACUGAAAUUGAAGUGGGCAUUAAUGGGAGUUCUGAGAAUAAUGGGCAUGAAAUUCUGCCUAAGAAUGGAGCUGAAAAUGGUAAGUCAACUGUUAAAGAUGAACAAAUACUGGAGGAAUUUGAUGCGAUUCUAGAAGAGGAAAUUGUGAAGGAAAAAUCAGACAACAGUGUUUACUAUGAUAAAGAUGAAGGAAUAUGGAAGUGUCGAAUCUGCUAUUGGACCUACCAAAGUGGAAGUUUCUGUGCUGACAGUAUUCAGAACCAUAAUGGGCACUUGCAUAAGCUGAUGAAUGACAAAAUUUCAACCAAUUCAGUUGUGAUAACUGAAGGUGUUGAAUUUACUUCUACUUAUUCUGGACAACAACAAAUCAAGAAAACUCCUCAGCAUGAUGUAUUAGACAUCUCGUCACAGAAAAUUGUAGCUCAAAAUAAUUCUACUUCCACAGUAAACAGUCAACGUGAAGGAGAUCUUGAGGAUAAUAUUUUGUCAAUUUCAAGUCUUCCAUCUUCUGAAUUUUCAUAUGAAGACUACAACAAAAAAAGUGAGCCUUCAAAAGAGAUAGAAAGUGCAGAAAUUGACCUGACUACUGGGGAUGAACUGAGAGUGACGGAAUUAGAUGUCGAAGGGAUAAUACAGAAGCAGGCCACACAUGAUUUAUACUGUCCUAAUUGCAAUUCUUGUAUCACUGGAAGGGUUAUUCUUCGUAAAAGAAAACGCUAUAUUCAAGUUUCCGAUGAAGAGGCUAAGCGUAACGGACUAGAAAGUGAAGCCAACUUCAAGGUGGUUACUGGCAUCGUGCAGGAAACCCUGGAUCAAGUUUGUCCUACUGCUAAUAUUGAUGUAGAUGUUGCUCCCACACCAAAUGCGGAUGAUAAUGAUCGUGGUAGAGAGCCUGAAAUAUUCAGAUGCUUAUCAUGCUUCAGUUUUUUCAUUCCAACAAGGAAUGGGUUUAAGCUGUUUGGUAGAUUUGGAGAGAAAAGCUUGAAAGAGAACAUCCAGGAUGUACAAGUACCAAUUGUGAAAAAGAACUGGUUUGCCACCGUUUUUGCAUCAAAUAGGCCGGAAACAUCAGUUGAACAAGGAAGUAGACUUGGACAAGACAUGGGAAAAGGUGACGUUGGACUUAUGGAUGAUCAACUUAGUGAAUCCUCAUCGGCUCAAAAAGCAUCUACACCAGCUUGUGUUUCUGAAGAACAUGUAGAUACUACUGAGAACAACAAAUCUAUGGAAGGUAAUGCUAAGAUUGUAUCUUCUCCAAGGCAAGGACCUGUAACGGGUGUAAUUGGUGCAGGAGAUAACUUUGCAAUGCCGCAGAAGAAAGGCAUAGAUUCCAUGGUGAAUCACUUGGAAGUAUUGACCAGUGAUCAAUUGAAACAAUCGAAGUUAUCCAAGGAAGUUCAAGCCAACAAUGAAAGAGAUCUAUCAGUAACAAGAACUCCUGACGUGACACAAUCCACUAAUGGUGAAUCUGUUGAGAAUGGUACCUUAUUUUCUCCAAACGAUGGAUUAAAAUUACUGAUUUCUUCAACUGAGGAAUCGGUGACUAUUGAGAAAUCAGAGAAUGACCAAAUGCCCAAUUUGAUAACAGAAACAGGAAGUGCAGUGCUUGCAGAAUCAGGUACAGAUAGCAAAAUGGACGUAUCAGUAGAUAAUCCACAUGAAUUUGAGAAACAUGUUGGGGCUGCAUUUCUGACUGGAUCUGUAGUUGAAACCAGAAAUGCAAAUUUUACAAGUAGUGAAAAUGAUAGAGCCUAUCCCACUGAAGUUUCUGGGCAUAUUAUUACUACAACCAAAUUGGAAGUCCAUAUGGGGGAGUCACAUAAGGUUAACAGCAUAUCAUUGGUAAAAGAUUCUCCUGUUAUACUAUGUAGACCAGCUGACAUUGCAAAAGAUAUUAAGCAGGUAGCUGCAGAAAAAGAUGGAGGCUUACAUGCAGUUCUCACUAUAGAUGCGCCACCAGUAGAAGCAACUGCUUCCCAAAGUACACAAGAUAUAAUCAUUUCUGCAGAAACUGGGAGUGCACUGCAUUCAGGGACUCAAAUUUUUGUUGUUGAUCGUGAAACUGAAACAAGAAAAGCUUAUACAAUUGAAGUGAUUAAGAGCAUAGUAUACGGUGGACUAGCCGAGUCGAUUACUAGUCUAAGCAUUGUGUCAUCUGCAGCUGGGGGUGAUACUGCCACAUUGAAUGUUAUAGCUCUGGGAUUGGCUAAUCUGAUCGGCGGACUUUUCAUCAUUAUUCACAAUCUUUGGGACCUAAAGAGCAACCGUGUAGAGCAAGUCUCCAAUCAGAUAAAUGAGCAAGGAGAUCGUUACAGAGAGCUGUUGGGUCGAAGAGAGAAUUUCGUGCUUCAUGCAGCCGUUGCAGUAUUGUCAUAUUUCAUAUUCGGUUUAGUGCCUCCCCUGACCUAUGGUUUCUCGUUUCUCAAGAGUGAUGACAAAGAAUUCAAGCUUUUAGCAGUUGCAGCUGCAUCUCUUAUAUGCAUUGUCAUACUAGCCAUCGGGAAGGCGUACUGUCAAAGACCCCAGAAGUCGUACAUAAAAACAGUUGUACCCUACGUUAUUUUGGGGCUCAUGGUUUCAGGUGUUUCAUAUGCUGCUGGUAUGUUGAUAAAGAGACUCCUCGAGAAGCUCAGACUUUUCGAGUCUAGUUCAGUUGCUGAAACCACCCCAACACCCUUGUCAUGGGCCUCUUACUGACUAAUCUUCGGCUCAUAAUUUUGUUUGACUAGCUUUUUUCUUUUACGUAAGGCAGAGUUUGGUUUUUUUGGUGUGAUGGUGGAAAAGUUGACAAAUAAGUCACUUGAAUAAAGGAUGAAUGAAUCAAGGAUUCAUAAUUCCUGUUAAAUGAUGAUGUAGCUCGAAAAUGAUCAUUGAAGGAUAUUGUAAGCAUGUCGAAUUGAUCAAUACAAGGAACUCAAUUAAACUUUCAAUCCCAUAA